AUUUUUCAAUAAUACUAGUCUAUAUUUAUCUAUAUAAAUACACUCCUACUCGAUAAAACUCAAUUCACAAAUCAAUAACCUCCUUAAAGCUGAGCUUUGAGAUAGAACAAACCAAAUGACUUCUCAUCAUAUCCAAUAUUUCAUCACCGUUUUCUUAACAGCCACAACAUUUGUCACAUUAAUUCAUUCUCAUUCCUAUGCACAACUAACUUCUGAUUUUUACGAUGAUGUUUGUCCUCAAGCAUUGCCAAUCAUUCACUCCAUUCUUCACAAAUUUAUGUCCAUUAAACCACGCAUGGGAGCACAUUUACUGCGCUUGCAUUUCCAUGACUGUUUUGUCAAUGGGUGUGAUGGAUCGGUUCUGUUGGAUGAUAGUCCUACCUUCAUAGGUGAAAAGAGUGCCAUCUCAAAUAUUGAUUCUCUUAGAGGCUUUUGGAUGAUUGAUAAUCUUAAAGAAGCUGUUGACAAAGCUUGUAAUCGCUCUGUCGUAUCAUGUGCAGAUAUAUUGGCCAUAGCUGCUCGUGACUCUGUCUCCAUUUUGGGUGGUCCAAACUAUUGGUACAAAGUGCUACUAGGAAGAAGAGAUGCUAAAAUUGCUUCAAAGAAAGAUGCUGAUCUUAAUCUUCCUACCCAAAAUUUCAAUUACUCUCAACUUGUUUCUAAUUUUAAGUCUAAAGGGCUAAACCUUAAAGAUCUUGUAGUUCUAUCUGGUGCACACACUAUUGGAUUAGCUAGAUGUACUACCUUUAAGGACAGGAUCUACAAUGACACCAACAUAGACCCUAAUUUUGCAAUUUCCUUACAAAGGAUAUGUCCUAUAAAUGGUGGUGAUGACAAUUUGGAAUAUCCAUUUGAUAAUGUUACAUCAAAAGUUUUUGACAACUCAUAUUAUAUGGAUUUAAUUGGUAAAGAAGGUCUUCUCCAUUCUGAUCAAGAACUCUUUAAGGGAGAUGGUAGUCAAAGUGACAAGUUGGUGAGAUUUUAUAGUAGAAAUCCACAUGCUUUUGCAAGAGAUUUUAAAGCUUCCAUUAUUAAAAUGGGUAACAUUGAGCCUCUUACUGGAAUCUUUGGAGAGAUUAGAACCAAUUGUAGUAAAGUCAAUUGAUAUAUUCUCUCUUUCCUAUUUUAUAAGCACAAUUUGUAUAUUUGAUAUAUAAAUUAAAAAAAAAAUCUAAACAAUAUACUUGAUGUCUCUAUUUUAUGGAAGAUGAUAAAAUUUACAUGCAACUCAUCAAAAA